GGUGGUUUGAUGAACGCCAGGAGUUAGAAUUACAUUAUUAGAAACAACUAUGGAGGUACCAUACAUAAAUUGGAUGAGGAGUAUCAGUGUUUAUGAAAGCCCCUCGCAUAUCUACCUCGUUGGUUCCGAUGUUGGGGAACGCCAUUUCCGGAUUCUCAAGAUCGCUCGUGCUCCUGUUCCCUUAAAGGAAGAUCAUUUGUGGCUUGAUAAAGAGUGUAGUGCUUCUGAAGCAACUGUUGAAGCAGAAAGUUUAGUUGAUCGAAUAUGGCGUCUGGAUAUAAUUGAGGAUCCUCAUAUUUAUUCCAAAUCAGAAUUAGCACGAUUGCUGCAUGCUAUCCAGGCAACUAGUCGAGUUGAAGAUACUGCUAUACUUUAUAUUCCUGGCAAUGAUUUUGUUGAUGAACGUGGACUUGCAAAUAAUGGUUCCAGAAGUCAUUAUUCUUCGAUGUCUUCUUUAAAUAGUACAGUUUCACAAGAUCUUGAUAACGAUUCUUGCUCUAAUGAAGAUGAACAACAAACAGGAUUAUUUCAUCUUAUUAAAAGUUCUAUAGGACGUAAGAAACUCUCCAGUGAUGAAAUGCGAUAUUUAAAGCUAUUUAGCAGUGUAGAUUUAGCUAGCAACUUUUACUUUAGUUAUACCUAUGAUUUAUCUCAUAGUUUGCAAUAUAACAUGGAGCCUUUAUUUAAGUCUGAUCGUCAAGAAUAUAUCCAUCUGCUAACAUCAAAAUAUAUACCCAAUGAUAAGUAUGUUUGGAAUUGGAGAUUAAUUCCACCGAGAUUUCAACCAGGGUGUAAUCGUAAUGGCUCUCGUCUCAUUAGUGAUCAGCCUGAAUGGUUCACUUUGUUAUUUCAUGGUAGUAUUAGUCAAAUAGCCUUAUCUGCUUGCCGAAUGCCAAUGAUGGUUACUCUUAUUGCUCGUAGAUCAAGGCAUUUCGCUGGUCGGCGAUUUUUGAAACGUGGUGUUAAUCUGGUUGGUGAUGUUGCAAAUGAAGUGGAAACAGAACAAAUAGUACAUGAUAGCUCAUAUUCAUUUCUUCGUCAUGGACGCGUUUCAUCAUAUGUACAAAUGCGUGGUUCUGUACCGUUAUUCUGGUCACAGGAGUCUUGUAAAGUCGUUGUUGGCAGACCGCCAUUAGAAAUUUUACGUGAUGAUCCAUUCUAUGAAUCGAUGGGUUUACAUUUUUCUAGUUUACUUAAACGUCAUGGAUCUCCGGUUAUUGUGCUUAAUUUGAUGAAAAAACGAGAGAAAAGACAAUUUGAAACAAUUUUAUCUGAUAGAUUUGAACGUGGAAUUACCUAUUUAAGUCAAUUUUUACCUUCUAGAAUUCUCCGACCAUCUGAUUCAUUAAAUACACUUUUUAUUGAAACAAUUGAUAGUAGUCCACCUAUUAUGUACAUUGGAUUUGAUAUCGCUCGUGUGCAAAAAAUGAAACGUACUGUUGUUUUAAAUAAAUUACAACCUAUUAUAGACAAUUGUGUACGUCGUACUGGAAUAUUUUUCUCAUCAUCUGCUUCUUUACCUAUCUCAGAAAUUCAAUUUGAAAAACAUAGAACAAUCGGUUUCAACUCUAAGCAAUGUGGAAUAAUACGAGUAAAUUGUGUGGACUGUUUGGAUCGAACUAACACUGCACAGUUUGUUAUCGGUCGAGUUGUUUUAGCUUAUCAAUUGUAUGGAUUAGGCUUUUUAGCUAAGCCAGAUUUUAUGGAUAACUCACAAAUCGAUCGAUUACUACAGGAUUUAUAUGAUGAACAUGGAGAUACACUGGCCUUACAAUAUGGCGGUAGUCAAUUAGUGCACAAUAUAAAUACUUAUCGUAAAGUAAAAAAGCUCUCUAGUCACUCGCGUGAUUUUGUUCAAACACUGUCACGAUAUUAUUCUAAUAAAUUUUCGGAUUGGGAAAAACAGUGUGCAAUAAGUUUAUUUUUACGUGUUUAUCGUCCUAAUUUAUGGUCUGGUACGCUAUAUGAUUUCAUAAAAAAUCAUCUAAUUCCAAGGUAUUUAAUAAAUGAGACUGAUACAUUCAAAUCAGACAUACCAACUCUCGUUCAUUCAGACACAGAUCAAAUUCUAGCCAGUGUCGCUGCUUCAUUGUCUGGUUGUAUCUGGGAUAUGUGUAGUGAUGCUUAUUUACAUUGGUUGGACGCUUGGGCACGUUUACCAACAAGUCGCUUUUCACUAACGGAUUGGUGCUCUCGUGAUCUCUUACAAUGUUUACCCAGAGCAAUGGAUAUAACACAAAAGUCAGUUCUUUAUAAUGAUCGAUGCCUUGUGUUACCAUCAAAUGAUAUCAGAGUUGAUUGGUUCAAUGAAUUUUAUGAUUUAACAUCUUAUGUCGAUUUGGAUCGUUUCUCAAAUCCCCAUAUCCGGUCAACUGAACUUGUUGUUGAACAUCAUUUAGGUGAUUAUAUAAUUCCGAAGUCAUAUGCAAAUUUAAAGACCAAUGAACAAUUACAUUCGCAACAUAGCAACGAUAAUAAUAUAAAAUACACGUCUGUUCCUGAAAAAGAUCAACUUACUAACUGCAGUUAUCCUACAUUAUCAAAUAUUUACAUGGAUUUAGGUCGUUCAAUAUGUGCUGCGCAUUCAUUUCCUAAUUUUACUGAUAUACCACAUUUCGAUUGGUCUACUAAACAAAAUAAUCUUUCGUCCAAAUAUUAUAAAGAUGGAAACAAUUCAAAUGAAGCAUUAAAUCAUUCAAUUAAUAAUGUUGAAUUAAACAAAACAAAAAAGUUUAAAAAAGUAAAAGACAAAUGUCCAGUAAAUAAUAAUUUCGAUGAUGAAAAAGACAAAAAACAACAAGAAAAAUCUGCUGUUGUUGUUGAGGAUGAUGGUGAUAAUGAUGAAGAUAAAUCUAGUUCAGAUAGCGAUUAUGAGGAGUCGAUAGAUAAUUGUGUUAAUUUCUUUCCGCCCGAUUUGAAUCUAUUUCAAUUGCUUCUUGAUCCAGACUUAUCAGUAAUACAAUCUAAACGUCUACCUGACAAAUAUUUUGAUAAUAAAGGAUAUUCUGUAAGUUAUCCGUAUACUUCAAAUUCUACAAAACGUCAAAAGCGAAAACAAACAAUAGUUGGCCAACUUGUUAAAUCCAAAGAAGAUCCUGAAUCCACCUAUUCAAAUUGUGUAUCGUCAUCUGAGAUCGUGUUAAAUUUACCAAAUAAACAUGUCUAUGAAGAUUAUCUUCGUACAGAUUUUAUUAAACAUCCAAUUCAAAUUGAUAAUUAUUAUAUAAAUAAAUUUGCUAGUCUUAAUACUUUAUCAUCAUCAUCAUCAUCGUCUUCGUUGCCUAUAGAUAAAACUUCAAUUGAUAUUUAUAAUAAUUAUGUUCAAAUGAAUAAUAUUGGCUUGUGUAAUAUAUCCAAAAAUAGUAUGAAUAUCUAUAAGGCAACAGCUUAUCUGACAUCACAGUUAUUAUAUUAA